AUGAUCAACUUAAAUGAACGUCCUGCAAUGGAGAAUUAUUAUCUCCUUAAAAAAUUGCCAGAGUAUACGCAUAUCAAGGAAACAGGAAAAGAUAUUUUGAAAGACAGUAAAUAUUAUACAAAUAUGUAGAAUGAAAAUUAGUGGAAUAAUAAGUAUCGAUUUAGUAGAAAAUAUCUUUAAUUCUUCCAUGAUGCAAAUGAAACUUUGGGAUUAGAUAAGAGGCUUGCUUUGUAACAGCAAGAAGUUUAAAAGGAAGAAAACUUGAAGCAGUAACAUAAAACGGUUAUAAAUUUCAUGAGAAAAGAAGCUCUCGACCGUCUUCAUGAAAGAAAAAUGGAAAGAAUCAAUGUUCAAUUAGACUCAUAAUAAUUUAUAUACAAUAUCAAUGAAAAAAACUUAAAUGAUUUGUCUAUGCAAGAAGAAAGCAUUAAAGUUAAGAGAACACUGAAUAAAUCUCAGUAGGGAACGCAUUACUUAACUGGAUUCGCUCCUACUUUAUGGAAUGAGUUAAACCAAAAAAGCUAAAAGUACUUAAACCAAUCAUUUAAUAUGAAAAUAAUAGAAAAAGAUAGUUAAGCUGUGGAAAAUAUAAAUAAAAGGAUUGAAAAAGAGUAAUAAGAUGAAGAGCUUAAAAAUUCUUUAGUCAAAGUUAAUAUGGAAAAAAUUAGAAAUAAUUUCAAAGAAAGAAGUAUUAAAAAUUUUUAAAUGUAAUAAAAAGUUUUAUCUAAAAGAACUUCUCCUCUUCCUAAUCCCUCAAGGCCUGUCUUAGAGAUUAUUAAGGUUCGUUCAAAGAGCUAAAUAAACCCUGAAGUGGCUGAAAAGUAAAAACAAGAAGCGCUUUUAAAGAAGUAAUAUGAGGAGUUCUUGGAAUAAGAGAGAGAUUACCUUAGAAAGAUCAAUGCAUAAUAUGAAUUAGAUAAAAAUAAAUAUAAUUAAUAAAAGCCAUACUCAAAUAAUAACGAUCAAAAUACUAAUUUAAUUGGCAGAUAGUAUACUAUGGCAUCACAAAGCAGUUAAUCAACUAAUUAAAAUAUUUAAUAAAAUAAUAAUAAAAAUGUCUUAUUAACUUUUGGAGCUUCUGUUAAUGGCAGUUAAAGUUCUAAUUUUAUCAACAGUUCUAUGCAGUCUGAAGCCUUCAAAAACAAAAUCAAUAAUAUUUUCAAUAACUAAUAUCAAAAAGAUACCAACGUACCAUUUGAUGCUAGUGCUAGCGCAAUACUUAUGGAGAAAAAAAUAUCUGGUUAAUCACCAAUAGCUAAUUUUUAGCAUCAAAAUUAUUAAAAUUUUAACUAUUCAAUGUCUUCAUUAUCAAAUGAAUUAGAUUUUCAAAAGAAAUUCUAAUAAAAUCCUCCAGCUUUUGGAAAUGGCAGCAUAUCUUAAAUAUUAGAAAAACCAAUGAAUCCUAAUGAAAUGAAGAAUACUGCUGAUUUGGUACAAGAAGUAGCAGAAUAAAAAAUAUAUAAAAAGAAUUCUCAGCUGAAGAGCUCACUGAAAAGUAGGUCUUACAGCUAGAACAACACUGAAAACUAAGCAGGUGGAAAUUUCUCAAAUAGUAUGAUUAUGGAAAAUCCUUAUAAUCCUUUAAAUGAAAUGUCAGUCACUGAAAUUUCUAGGUCUAAAGAGCUUAAAAAUAACACUGAAAGUGAAAACUAAAUGUAUAAUGAGAGUUAAUUAAAUCAAAAUAUAAAAAAAGUUAACUUUACUAAAGAAGAUUCUUUCUUAGAAUAUAACACAGCACCUGCUCAUAUUAUUGAUGAUAGAUCAAAUCUAAAUAGAACCUAGAAUCAAAUUAAUGAAUCUGAUUUGUAUGCUCAUUAAAAUUCAUUUUCUGUCAACAGUAAAAAUAGGAGUAUCCACUCUGCUUCUUUAUCAGCUACUACAACAACUAGUUUUCCAUUAAAAUACCUUAAAUCUCCGAUAGUCCAUAAAUAAAAUCCUCAUAUUAAUGAUUUAAGUUAGCCAAAAUCUGAAAAGUGGCCAGAAAAAAUCACUGAUAAAGCAGAAUUCAGAGGAUUGCUUUCAGGUGAAAUAGAUAAAAUUGAGUCAAAGCUAAAUAAUUCAUUUGUGAAAACUAUGACCUUGUAGUCUAAAAUAGUGAGAGAUCAAACGUUGAAUAGCGUUGAUUUUAGGACUACAUCUCAAACUAAAAAAAGAUUUAGUUCAACAUCUAAAUAACCCUCAACCACUUAUUCUGAUAAUGAAUAAUUUUCUAAUUAAAAGCAAAUAACGACAUACUACUCUUCAAUAAAUGACCCAGAGAAACAGACAUAUGUUGAUGAUCUUGAAAAAUUCGAUGACUCAUUUUCAAUUAACAAUGUUCGUAGGUGUUUUCCUGGAAAAACACUCAAUGAAUACAGACAGGUUGUUAAAGAGUUUUAAAAGAUUAAAGAAAAAGACACAAAAUCUGAUAUAAAAAAAAUAACAAUGCCAACAAUCUCUCCUUAAAAAAAUUUAAAUGAAAGUAGGAUUCAUCCUUCAUUUUUAUCUUAAUAAAAACAAAAUUCUAGAAUAAUUUAGUGA